UUGCAUAUUCCAGUGAAAACAAACAAAAUAAGAAAAAAAAUUAAUUGUUAUUUUAUAAGAAAAGUAAACAAUAAAUGAUAAUAUGGAAACUGUGUUAUUAACUAAUAUUAAAAAAUUAUACGAUAAUGAAUUAUACAGCAGUGUUAUAACCGCAGCCAGUUUACUAAAUACUCUUCUACAAAAUGAUCGUUCCUUGGCCACUCCAGAACUCGAGUACCAAGUGUUAUUAUUUCAUGCCAAUGCCUGCUAUCAGGAACGCCAGUUUCGCAUGGCCAUCAAACAAUUGAAUGCGGCUCUGCUGAUGCGAAAGUUUAUGUGUCGCUAUAAAACAUCUCAUCUGACGGCCGUAGAAACAGGUUAUGAGCAUUUCAAUGAAACCGAAACACGUUAUCGUUUAGCCAAAUGCCAUCAGGAUCUAGCCGAGACCACGCAAGCGAUCAGUGUUCUACAGGCUUUGCCGGCCAAAGCACGAACACCCAAAGUGAACUUAUUCUUGGCCAAAUUAAUACAGUCGGGUGGCUCAAAUAGCACAGAAGCUAUUUUAAAUUAUAAAGAAGUUCUGCGUGAAUGUCCCAUGGCCUUAGAGGCCAUAGGGUCACUGUUGGAAUUGGGUGUGGAUGGCAUAGAGGUCAAUUCUUUAGUGGUUAAUGCCAGCACUGUACCCAAAAACAUGGAAUGGCUAAGCACUUGGAUUAAAGGUCAUGCACAAUUGUACAGCCGCAAACAUUUAGAAGCCUCCAAAACAUUCCAAAGCAUAAAUGAGAAAACUAAAUUUCAUCAAAAUGAACAUUUGAUUACACUGAUUGGCAAAUGUUUCUACUACUAUGGCAAUUCCACCCAGGCCCAACAUUAUUUAGAGACUGCUUAUAUGUUGAAUCCCUACAAUUGGGAUGCCAUUAUGCCCCUCUCGGUGGUCUUUGAGUACAAUCAAAAGCUGCAAGAACUCGACAAACUCACAGCACAACUAACCAAUAUCCAUGAAUUUACUUCCGGCCAUUGGUUUGUUUUGGCUCAGAGUUUCUAUGCCAAUGGCAAACUGGAAAAGGCUGCCUCUUUUGCCAAUAAAGCCUUAUCCGUCAAUCCGCGCAAUGUUGAGGCCCAAUUAUUGCGAGGUAAAAUAUGUUUACAAAUCAAACGCCACAAGGAUGCCAUUUACUUUUUUAGGGCAGCCCAGUGUAUAGCUAAUUAUCGCUUUGAAGUGUACAAGGGUUUGUUCCAUUGCUAUGUGGGCAUGAAAAGAGCCAAAGAAGCCCAGACCAUGUGUGCCAUGGCAGUGCGAUAUUUUCGAGAAUCUCCGAGAAGUUUGGUGAUGUUUGCCCGCACUCUCAUCCACUCCACCCAUCCCACUGUGAAGAAAGGUGCCAAAAAAGUCGUUAGCAAAGCUUUGGAAAUCGAUGAGCAUUACGCGCCUGCUGUUGCCCUAAUGGCUGAACUCUGCCACUCGGAGGGCGAAACCCAAGAGGCCAUUACUUUGCUUAAAAAGCAAGUAGUCAAUUAUCCACACUUUAAACUCUUCACGAUGUUGGGUGACAUUUUAUCAGCUGAAAAAGAUCUUAAUGGUGCCUUGGAAUACUACACAAUUGCUUUGAGCAUGGAACCUACAUAUCAGCGUGCACUGGAUGGUGUCAAUGCCUUGGGCAAAGCCAAUUGGGCGAGUAAUAAAAACGAACAAGACACCUCGAUGGCAUCGUCGACCAAUCCAGACGAAGAAUGGCCCAUUGAAUGCGACGAGCCAUCAAUUGAGGCAGUAGAAUUUUCUUCGCCAGCUGUUGCGCACGAUGACAAUGAGUCUGAUACAUUUUCGGAUCCAUUUUGGCAGGAUGUUGAUGCCGAGUUAACAAAUUAAUUUUUUAUAUUUAAUUUUUGUUAGAUUUUAUUUAUUCAUUUGUUUUUUUUCAUUCUUUGUUUUUUAAAUUCAUUUUCAUUUACCUUUAUACCAUUUUUAUUUAAUCGUUUAAAAAAGACUUUCCAUGUUGCAUUGUGUACAACUUUACAUUUCCUCCCCAUAUCCCAAAUUCGAAUUUAUACAUUUAUUUUAGUUAUAAAUUGUUUAAGUUGCAUUGAAAAAUAAAAUUUAAGAGAAAUAAAAACUACAGUAUUUGUUUAAACUUAUAAAACAA